GUGCGCACCCUUUUUGUCAGCGGAUUGCCCAUGGAUGCCAAGCCCCGGGAGCUGUACCUUCUAUUUCGCGCCUACAAGGGUUACGAAGGAUCGUUGCUAAAGGUGACAAGCAAAAAUGGAAAAACGUCUUCGCCCGUUGGUUUUGUCACCUUUUCAACGCGAGCUGGAGCAGAAGCAGCAAAGCAGGACCUGCAGCAAGGAAUCCGCUUCGACCCCGACCUACCGCAAACCAUUAGACUGGAGUUUGCCAAGAGCAACACUAAAGUGAAUAAACCUAAGCAGCCUUCACCCACUGCGCCGACCUCGUCUCACCCGGCACUUGCAAUGCAUCCACUCACUGGGC